AUGAUCCUCCUGCUCAGCUCAAACACCGGCCCUGUGAUGGCACUUUAGAACGGUUUAAAUCCACACACCAGAAACUGGGAAAGAUCCAUCAACGGGAACUCCCAGAAGCUUCACAGGAAUAUGCACUUAUAAUCCCAGACAUCAAAAAACUGAAAAUGCCAGCUCAGAAAAAUAUGCUGGUGUUUGUGGCUCUCUUUUCUCUUUUGCGACCGGCCCAGUGUCAAAAGUUGCCAAGUUUUGACUUACUGGAGGAGUUUCAUGUGCCUGACUCAAGAGGAGUGAGGAGGGUGGACGGCUCUCAACCUGAGGCAGUGGCCUACCGUAUCAACCCCUCCAUCCAUCUACAGAAGUCCAUGAGCGACGUGUACCCAGAUGGACUUCCCUCCGACUACUCGGUCAUUGCAACAUUUAGGGUGACCAAAGACACUGCCAAGGAGUCCUGGAACCUGUGGCAGAUCAGUGACCCUGAGGGACAAGAGCAGGUUGGCCUUCGGUUCCAGGGUGAUACACGUUCCUUAGACUUCUUCUUCACAAGCCCCCAUGGGAGCCAGAUGCUGAGGACCUUCCAUGGUGUGGAGAAGGUCUUUGAUGGAGAGUGGCACAAGGUAGGACUGAGUGUGAAGGGCAGCCAGGUGAAACUGCUGAUAGACUGUGAAGAGAUCAGAGUGGAGUCCAUUGAUGAGCCAAGGCCAAUCAUCCACCAAGGAUAUACCUCCAUUGUAAAGCGUGCUGCAGGAGAUCGCUCUGUGUCUGUGGAUUUACAGCAGAUGGAAGUGUCAUGUGACCCAGAAAAGGCCUAUUCAGAAGGUUGCUGUGAGCUCUCGAGCGUGUGUGGAGGAUAUGCAGUGAUCGGCCUCACAGGGGGAAGACCCUCUUGCAAAUGUAUGCAUGGGCAGCCUGGCAUCCAGGGCGCUCCAGGACCAAAGGGUCAUAGAGGCCUUCCGGGAGAGGAUGGAGACCCAGGGAAACCAGGGAACUGGGGCAUAAGGGGGAACACCGGAGAUUAUGGCAACAUUGGCGAACCAGGCCCAAAGGGUGAAGAAGGAAUCAAAGGCGAGAAAGGAAUGAGAGGACCCUGGGGCCAAGUGGGAGACAGAGGUCCCAAAGGGCUGAAAGGAUUAAAAGGGGCAACGGGCUUUACGGGAAUUCAAGGACCACCUGGAGACAUUGGAGAGACUGGAAAAUCGGGAGAAGCUGGUGUUAAAGGCAUCAGAGGAUAUGAAGGGAUUCCUGAGUUUCAAGGAGUUAAGGGUGAAAAAGGGGCUUCUGGUGCAACAGGGCGACCUGGGCUUAGAGGAAAGCAGGGCAUUGUGGGAGAUCCUGGAGAAAGGGGAACUCCUGGACUGAAAGGGGGACCUGGAAUUCAAGGACCUGUGGGCAGAGCUGGCACCGUAGGACCAAAGGGCAUUAUUGGAGAUCCGGGCUUACCUGGCAGAGAUGGUGAUCCAGGAAUAGAGGCUUAUCAAGGACCACAGGGCCUCAGCGGAAAACUUGGACAAAGUGGAGCAAAGGGGGAGAAAGGCACCCUGGGGCCACCAGGAGAAAUGGGUCCCAGAGGGCAAACUGGCCCCAGAGGUUACAAGGGUUCUGCAGGAAAGCCAGGAAGACCUGGAUUUAUUGGCCCACCUGGACCCACUGGACAUGUGGGCAUGCCUGGAAAACAAGGGCCCAAGGGUGACACGGGAAUCCAGGGUAUUAAAGGAGUUAAAGGUGUACAGGGAGAACAAGGAGUUAAGGGCCCAGCAGGACAGGUUGGAGACAGGGGUAAGCAGGGUCCUCGGGGAGGACAAGGGAAGCGCGGGCCUGCAGGCCCACCUGGACGUUCAGGUCCUGUCGGAGUCAAGGGUGUUCGAGGUGAACUUGGACCAGAUGGUUUUCAGGGGCCGCCGGGUCCUCCAGGUCCGACCCUCCCUGCUCAACACGUGAUUGAGGUUUGUAAGAAAGUGGUCCUGGAGCAGAUGUCCAUGUUUGCCAACUCAGUGAAGAGGACAUGUGCUGCUGUCUGUCCUCUGUACGGGGAUGUUCCCACGGGUGCCCCUGGUCCCCCUGGACAGAAAGGACCCCCCGGACCACCUGGGGAUCCUGGUAAUCAUGGCACGGAAGGAGAAGUGGGCCCACCGGGAUUCUACGGAGAAGCUGGAGAAGCAGGCCGAAAAGGAGAAGCAGGUGACAGAGGAGAGCAAGGUGAUAAAGGAGCCAAGGGUUACGGCCUGCCUGGUAAUACUGGAGACCCCGGACCAAAGGGUCAGCGUGGACGUCCUGGCAGAGCCUUCAAUGGCCAGCCUGGAAGGCAGGGUCAAAGGGGGCAUACGGGCCGGCCUGGGCUCAGGGGCCAUCAGGGUCUUAGAGGACCUCCAGGUGUGUGCGUCACCUCUGGGUGUGCUCAGCUGAACUCCACUGGUGGGACACCGCAGCCAGCAGAGCGAAGGUUGAGGAAUCAGCCAUAGAUGAAGAAAUAUAGAUGUUCAAUACUGACCUUAAAGGAAUAAAACAUGCAUGAUGGGUUUUUUGUUAGAAUCUGAUACGAUACAUUUAAAUUUAAUGUAAAUAUGCAAAUCAAACGUGAACUGAUCGUGUGAGAACAAAAGUGGUGCAAAAAAUAUAUUUGUAAAAAACAAAAUUACACAUCUUUAUAAUAAAAAUCCAUUUUUGGUAAGAGAGCAUGUUAUUGUGUGUGCAACAACCAUGUAAUGUUUGAUGGUUGCUAAUAAUUGCUAAUUAAUUCUUAAUCAAUUGCUACACUGUGCAUGUAUUUUUGUAAACUGGCACUGGAUGCUAGUGUGACGUUAGUGUGCCGCACAAAUUCCACAACACUACAUUCCCCUUCAGUAAUAUCGGAAUUGAAUCUUUCCAAAAGUCUGGAAGAGAUUUAUCUGUAUUUUAAUAUUAUUAUUAUUAUUAUCAUUGCUUUAAUUGUCUGGGUCAGACGAUGUUACUAAAUGCUUAAAGUGUUCCAAAAGCAAAGAGAAACAUUCUUGGUGUUUGGACUCGGUGAGCAACAUGCAGUGUUUGAAUAGGGUGCCAACUUGGAACGUAAUAUCAAGUUUGGGUUUUUGAUUUCUUGUGAAUAAUUAUUACCUUUGUUGAGGGGUUUUGCACUGCAUUCACAGAUUUUCCUAUCUCCAAACCCUGUAAACUGAUUUACAGCAACCAUCACUACAGCAAGUAAGUACGAAGACUCUGUAGUCUUAUUUGAAAUAAGAAAUCUGUGAUUGUUCAUUUUGUAUUAGACAUGGAAAAAUGAAACCCCAAUUAAAAAUGUAUUUUUAACUCUGGAUGGGUGUUUCCAGAAACUCCUCGAAGCAGAAAAAUCCCACACAAAGAUGCACUUACUGAAUUUUCUUAUAACAUUUGCCAACAGCCAUCACAGUCACCAUGAUGCAUUUUAAUAAAAUUGGGUGUUGGUGUACUUUUCAGCCUUUUGAAUUUUACACAUCUGUGAGUCCUU